GCGCACCUUCGUUCCGAACACUUGUCAACAAAAACAGUUACUUGUACUAUUUUUUGUUAUCCAUAGUCUGUGACAGUUCUCGAUUUGCCACUGCUAAUGCAAUCCAACUCCGCCGGCCAACAUGUGGCACCUGACCAUCCCCCGCUCCAAUGUCACUGMAUUCAUACUGAUACCAUGGCUUGCGGCGGAACUGGUCUUCCUGUUGAUCUUUUACCGUGUGUUGCUGCCCCGAUUUCAACGGCUCCGCCCCCCUGCUGAGUAUCGCGACUAUGCUAGAGACCGUAAGAAACUCUUCAUGCGGAUCAUCAAACGAAUAGAGACCAACUGCGAGACGAACAACACGCCGAUCGUACCGUGCUUUGUUUCCUUUAUCCGAGACUACUUCCAACCCACGGGUGCCAACGCGAACGCGGUGCCCCACCACGAGUUUUAUCCGAAAAAAGGAGACGUGGAUCUGUUCUUUGCCUGGGCCUUCUUCGGCAAAGACGUGGACGAGCUAGAGCUAUGGAUGAGAAACGAUCUAGAAGACAUAUACAAGACUCUCGAAUUGGAUUACAACUUUUCAUUCGAGGAGGGAACUACUCCGGAYUACAAGCCUAUGCGCUUGACACUGGAUCCGUUGGAUCCAAGCUAUCGACCCUUCUUUGUGUAUUGCRUGUUCUCGUUGGUGAAGCUCAUGAGCGAUUUCUCGCUGAGAGCCGUUGGCUUUUAUAAGUGCAAGACGUCGAGUGGACUCAACUACUUUUAUCGACCACCCAAACACAAACUCUACAAGAAGUGCGACGAAAAUAUCGACAACAGCGGGAAGCUCCCCCUYAUUUUUCUGCACGGCAUCGCCCCCGGUGGUUUGGCCUUUUACCUACCGAUGGUAUUUUACCUCGGAGGCGAUGGCCGCCCACUGUUUUUGUUCGAAAACCCCGACAUUACCUUUUGCGCGUUUUGUGGCGGCGACCCUCCAAACGAACGCCAAACAGUGCAUGGUGUAUGGGAAGCCGUCGACCASCACCUUGGUUCGGUUCAGGACAUUAGCGUGGUGGGUCAUUCAUUUGGUUCUUGUCCCRUUACGUGGCUGGUCCACAGCGCCGGRAGCGAUCGCAUACGGCAAAUAGUGUUGGUGGAUCCCGUCAGUAUCUGUUUGAGCGAACCGGACGUGAUGCAAAAUUUCUUGUACCAGCGCAGGUGUCUCCGGGCCAACAAGAUGCCCAUCAAAAUUGGCGUGAUCUCCAACGAAAUCUACACWGAGCAUUAUCUCCGGCGGCACUUCGCAUGGUACAACAGCGAAUUGUGGCUGGAAGACCUGCCCGAACAGGCAAAAGUUCUCGUGUGCUUGUCGGAAAAAGACCCCAUUGUUCCGGUACGAAAGGUUCAGCAGCAGGUUCUUCGACGACCUAGCGUCGACGUCCUCUUGUGGGAAGACGCUGGGCACGCCCAUUGCAUAACAAAACCAAAAACGUGGCGACAGAUGUCCAUGGUGAUGAAGCGRCAAGAAAAACUGAUCGCACAGGAGUCCUCGUCCAUGAGCUUGGACAAGAAGUACCCGUGACACUGCUACUGUAGAUACAUUUUUGUAAAAUAAUAUUUUCGUGUAUCUUAAUUUAAAAAUAACAAUUUUCUCAAGUG